AUGAUGGUAAUGUGGCAAUAUAUGGAAAAAUUAUAUCAUCAAAAAAUGAAAUUAAUUGAAAAAAUGAAUUUAUCUGAUUUUCAAAAUUAUCUUCGUUCAACAUAUAACACUAUAUGGGGUCGAUAUCCAAUUAGUCUUUUACUUGCUAUAAUUGAACAGAGUAAAAAUAUUAUUUCAGCUAAUAUAUUACCGAAAUGUUUUAUACAAUAUGUUAAAUAUGAUCAAUCAAAUCAAACGAAACAAGUUGAACAAUAA